ACAAGCUAAUCUACACAGCAAGCUAAUAAAAAAGAAGAAAAAUAUGCCUGAGAAACAAACCAUAGAGGAAAAGAAAAGGAUCAGUAGGUUCAUUAUUUCAUGAAUUUUUGGGUUUGAUCCCAUGCACCUAUUUGCGGCAUCUAUCGGGAAGUCGUUUCUGUCUUCUUUCUUUUCCUCCCUCUCUUUAUAAAUCAUACUAAUUCCUCUAUCCUUUCUUCAUUCUCAUAAGUCCAUCACAAACGAAACAUCAUCAUUACUUCUUCUUCUUUUUAUUAUAAUUAAUAUUCUGAUCAAGAAGGGAGAAGUUAAAAUAAACAUGUUGAUCUCAGCUUCUUAUUUGAGAUUUUGCUUCUCUGCUCAUCAUCCUCACUAUGAACCUUCUUCCCCAGCAAAUCAAUCUCCUAAGUUCCUUAAAAGUAACAGAUCUUUCGAAGAACAUGUUGAUUUCGGUUCAAAGUUGCAAUGUAAGGCGGUUUCUAGACCUCGCACAAAAGAGUACAGAAAGGUACUGCAAAAUGGUACUUUGCCAGUUAUCAAGUGGGACGACAUCGUGGAGGAAGUGGACAUGGAACAAGAAACACUUGAGGUGGUAUACCAUUCAUCAAAUAAGAUAAAGGAACAUAUCGAUGCUGUUCGGUCAAUGCUUCGAUCUAUGGAGGAUGGAGAAAUAAGCAUUUCGGCUUAUGACACAGCAUGGGUUGCUCUAGUGAAAGACUUGAAUGGAAGUGAAAAUCCUCAGUUUCCUUCGAGUCUUGAAUGGAUUGCCAACAAUCAAUUGCCUGAUGGUUCUUGGGGUGACAGCUCCAUUUUUAUGGUUUAUGACCGUGUCAUCAAUACAUUGGCUUGUGUUAUUGCCUUGAAAUCAUGGAAUUUGCAUCCUGACAAGACUGUACUAGGAAUGUCGUUUGUGAGAGAGAAUUUGAGCAGGAUUGGUGAUGAAAAUGCAGAGCACAUGCCUAUUGGCUUUGAAGUGGCAUUUCCUUCACUCAUUGAGAUUGCCAAACAAUUAUGCAUAGAUAUUCCUUAUGAUUCUCCCGUCUUGCAAGAGAUCUACGCCAGAAGAAAACUCAAGCUCACAAGGAUACCAAAGGACAUAAUGCACAAAGUGCCCACAACUUUACUCCACAGUUUGGAAGGAAUGCCAGACUUGGACUGGCAAAAGCUACUUCAAUUUCAGUGCCCUGAUGGCUCUUUUCUCUUUUCUCCAUCUUCCACUGCCUUUGCACUUAUGCAGACUCAAGAUAAUAAUUGCCUCAAUUAUCUCAAAAAUAUAGUUUAUAAGUUCAGGGGUGGAGUUCCAAAUGUCUAUCCUGUGGACUUAUUUGAGCAUAUUUGGAUCGUUGAUCGGUUGCAAAGACUUGGGAUUUCUCGGUAUUUUAAGUCAGAAAUAAACGAGUGUAUUGAUUACGUCAACAGAUAUUGGACAAAUGAAGGAAUCUGUUGGGCGAGAAAUUCCCUAGUUCAAGACAUUGAUGACACGGCCAUGGCUUUUAGACUUUUGCGGUUGCAUGGCUACGUGGUUUCUGCUGAUGUAUUCAAACACUUUGAGAGCGGGGGUGAAUUUUUCUGCUUCGUGGGACAAUCGAACCAGGCUGUGACAGGAAUGUAUAAUCUUUACAGGGCUUCUCAGCUAAUGUUCCCAGGAGAGAAAAUACUUGAAAAUGCCAAAUCAUUCUCCUCUAAUUUUCUUCGAGAAAAACGAGCUCAAAAUGAACUGCUAGACAAGUGGAUCAUCACUAAAGAUUUACCUGGAGAGGUGGGAUAUGCAUUAGAUGUACCAUGGUAUGCCAGCCUGCCUCGACUAGAAACAAGGUUCUUUUUAGAACAAUAUGGUGCUGAAGGCGAUGUGUGGAUUGGCAAAACUUUGUAUAGGAUGCCAUUGGUUAACAAUAACCUGUAUCUGGAGCUAGCGAAGUCGGACUAUAACAACUGCCAAGCUUCGCACCAGCUCGAGUGGAGAAGAAUUCGCAAGUGGUAUAACGAAUGUGGGCUUGGAGAAUUUGGAGUGAACGAAAGAAGCUUGCUGCUGACGUACUAUUUAGCGAGUGCUAGUAUAUUUGAGCCAGAAAAGUCCACAGAGAGAAUGGCUUGGGUCAAAACCGCAGCUCUUAUGGACUGUGUGACAUGUUAUUUUGGAAGGAAACAAAUAUCUGUGCAAAACAAGAUUGCCUUUAUUCACGAAUUCACACAUUCCACAAGUCGAUACUUUCUGAAUUCUAGGUAUAAAACAGAACAGAAGCUCGUCGGUAUUAUUCUGGGAACCCUAAACCAGCUCUCAUUGGGCGCUUUGCUGACCCACGGCAAAGACAUCCAUCAGUUCUUGCGUCAUGCUUGGGAAAAGUGGCUGCUGACAUUAGGAGAUCAGGGAGAAGGAGCUGCAGAACUCAUAAUUCGUACGUUAAAUUCGAUCAGUGGCCGUUGGGUGUCGGAGGAGCUAUUGUUGUCCCAAGCAAGUUACCAAAGGCUAAUGGAAAUUUCCAAUAGAGUUUGUCACCGACUUCGUCUCUUUCAGCUCUUCAAGGGACAAAAUGCAGACAGCGAAAUAAUGGAAAAUCAGCUGGAUAUGUUAACGUUUAGUGAGGAGAUAGAAUCCGACAUGCAACUACUAGCUGAACUCGUGCUAUCGCAAUCCAAAUGUUCAGAUGAGGAUUUGGAUGCCAAUAUCAAAAACACUUUUCUUACUGUAGCCAAAAGUUUUUAUUAUACAGCUCAGUGUGAUACAAGAACUAUCAAUUUGCACAUAGCCAAAGUGCUAUUUGAAAGAGUACUUUAAUUAUUCAUCGA